GUAGAACUUCACGGCUUUCCGUCCCAGCUGAACUCCAUGACAGUCACCUGACCGAAACAAAUGCUUCUCCAACUUCGGCGAAAUUUCGAGCUUCGUUGAACGGCAAACCAUUGAUGAUCGGAGGAUUUCUCCUUCCUCUGAUUGGAUGGUGGAGGCCGACAUCGCCGUGACACCAUGCCAUUGUCAGCGGCCGUGAUCAGCGGCGUGCAGAAACUGGUUCUGUAUGAGACACGAGCGAGGUAUUUCCUGGUGGGGAGCAAUCAUGCGCAAACGAAACACCGUGUUUUGAAAAUCGAUCGCACGGAACCGAAGGAUCUGGUGAUUAUUGAUGACAAGCAUGUUUACAAUCAGCAAGAGGUCCGGGAGCUCUUGGGACGCCUGGACUUGGGGAACCGCACCAAAAUCGGGCAGAAGGGGUCGUCUGGCUUGUCCCGGGCAGUGUCUGCCUAUGGAAUUGUGGGCUUUGCGCGUUUUCUGGAGGGCUAUUACAUCAUCCUCAUCACGAAACGGAGGAAGAUGGCCGACAUCGGAGGGCACUCCAUAUACAAGAUCGAGGACACGAACAUGAUAUACAUUCCCAACGACUCCGUGCGGAUCACCCAUCCGGACGAGGCUAGAUAUGUGAGAAUCUUCCAGAACGUGGACCUGUCCAGUAACUUUUACUUCAGCUACAGCUACGACCUGAGUCACUCCCUGCAGUACAACCUGACCCUCCUCAACACCACCUGUGACCUGGGCAAGGUGGAGGAGGAGGAGGAGGACUUGAAGAAGAAGAAGGAGGGAGAGGAGGAGGUCCCCACCCAGGGUCGGCGCAACAGCUUCGACAUUUUCGAAGACGAGGGCCUCCCCACUCAAGUGAUAAACGGGGUCCGGAAUGAGCCCUACGCCAAAUACGUGUGGAACGGGAAACUCUUGGAUAAGAUCCGGGAUGUGGUGCAUCCCGACUGGCUCAUGUACAUCAUCCACGGCUUCUGUGGCCAGUCCAAGCUGCUGAUCUACGGCCGGCCCGUGCACGUCACCCUCAUCGCCAGGAGAUCGAGCAAAUUCGCAGGAACGCGCUUUCUGAAGAGAGGCGCCAACUGCGAGGGGGACGUGGCCAACGAGGUGGAGACGGAGCAGAUCAUCCACGACGCCUCGGUCAUGUCCUACAACGCGGGGAGCUACUCCUCCUACGUCCAGGUCCGCGGCUCGGUGCCCCUCUAUUGGUCCCAAGACAUCUCCACCAUGAUGCCCAAACCACCCAUCCGCUUGGACCAGGCCGACCCCUACGCCCACGUCGCCGCGCUGCACUUCGACCAGAUGCUCCAGAGGUUCGGCUCGCCCAUCAUCAUCCUCAACCUCGUCAAGAAGCGGGAGAAGCGGAAGCACGAGAAGAUCCUGAGUGAGGAGCUGUUCCCCGCCAUCAUCAACCUCAACCAGUUCCUCCCCCCCGACCACUGCAUCGACUACAUCGCCUGGGACAUGGCGCGCUACACCAAGAGCAAGCUGUGGAACGUGCUGGACCGACUGAGCCUCAUCGCGGAGAACGUGGUGAAGAGGACCGGCUUCUUCGUCAACCGGCCCGACUUCUACUGCCACGCUGUCCGGCCGGACGAGAGGUGGGGUGACCUGGGAGGAUGUGUGACGUCGCAUGGCCGGAUGCAGACGGGCGUGCUGCGGACCAACUGCGUGGACUGCCUGGACCGCACGAACACGGCCCAGUUCAUGGUGGGGAAGUGUGCCCUGGCCUACCAGCUGUACGCACUGGGCAUGAUCGACAAGCCCAAGCUGCAGUUCGACACCGACUGCGUCAGGCUGUUUGAGGAGCUGUACGAGGACCACGGAGACACCCUCUCCCUGCAGUACGGGGGGUCCCAGCUGGUGCACAGGGUGAAGACCUACCGAAAGAUCGCCCCCUGGACCCAGCACUCCAAGGACAUCAUGCAGACGCUGUCCCGUUACUACAGCAACGCCUUCUCAGACGCAGACAGGCAGGACGCCAUCAACCUCUUCCUCCAGGUGUUCCAGCCCUCCGAGUCCAAACCUCACCUGUGGGAGCUGCCCACGGACUUCUACCUGCACCAGAGGAACAGCAUGGAGCUGUCGUACCAGAGACGCAGUUACACGUAUUGGUGGUCUGAGGGGAUUCUGUCCUACUUGCCACUGCCCUACGAUGAAGUCCCCUGCGAGGAGAACAAGAAGAAGGUGACGGUGAAGAGGCUGAACCGAUACGACGAGAACAUCGACACCUACACAGAGUUCUUCAGGCCCUACGAGCUCAGCUCCUUCGACGACACCUUCUGCAUGGCCAUGACCAACUCCGCCCGGGAGUUCAUGCCGAAGACGGUGGGUGUGGAUCCCAGCCCCUUCACCGUCCGCAAGCCCGAGGAGACGGGGAAGUCUGCGCUCGCCAACAAGGCCAACAAGGAGGAGGCGGUGCUGCAGCGGAAGAUGGCGGCCAGCGCCCCGCCGCCCCCCAGCGAGGAGGCCAUCUCCAGCAGCUCGGAGGACGACUCGGAGGACGAGCGGGAGGACGACGGCACCGUGUCCCAGCGCUCCACGCCCGUCCGGCUGGCUGAGCCGGGGGACGGCGCACGGGCCCCGGAGGACUUCCAGCACCAGCCGAUGAAGGAGACGUACGGACUCAACCUCUCUGAAUGCCCGGCCGAGGAUGACAUGAUGAUCUACCGCAGGUUUGUUCACCUGGGCCAGAACCAGCACACGGUGGAGCGGACGGGCCGGGUGACGGACGCCCGACACCUGGAGAACGUCAUCAGCCUCGUGUGCUUCCCAUGUGCGCCUCACGUGUCCGGUCGCCGGGGCGUUUCCUGUCGACUGGGCCGUGUGAAAACGGGCGGCGCUCGCUCCGCUGGGAGUGAGACCCCCGUCAGAGGGAUGAGUGUGUCGCGUCGAGCCGUGCCUCGCGCACCGCACGUGUCGGGCUCAAGGCCCCGAUCCGCGGAGGAUCUCGAUCCCGAUCGGCCCCCGGAGGAGGAGGCGGGAGAGCCGGGCUCCAGAGGCGCCGGAGCUCAGACACGUGUGCGGGCCAUGUGUGCUCCUCCGCUGGCUGUCCAGUCCGUCCCCUCUCGGGGGCCACGGCCGUUUAGCGCCGAGACACUCGCCGAAGGCCCAAGGCCCGCUGCGUCUCCGUCCGAUCGAGCUGCUCCUCUGAACAUCGCACGCGGCCCUGCGAUUUCCGCCCAGCGGUCCCUCGCCCACGCAGCCUCCUUCCAGGCGACAGAACAGGUCUUCCUCCUGAAGCCCCAACCACCUCCGGUUCGCCCGCCCCGGACGCUGGCCCGCCGGCCACGACUCCGUCCUCUCCGAAUGCGUCUGGGCUCAUUAGGGGGGAUCGGCAUCGCCCAGCGGGGGGCUCUGCUCUGCCCGCCAUCGCGGCAGGGCUGCCUGGCCCACGAGGCCGUCUGCUGCCGCUGGACUCUGUCCACAGCUGGCCUGCUGCUUCUGGGGCACCAGGGGACCAACCUGGCCUGCUGCUCCAGCCCUGCUGUGUCCAUGGCGACAGGGGACUGA